UCAGCUGUCGCUUGUUUUGGUUUUGUGACAUAACCGCAAUUUACUAAAAGCUGAACUUCAAAAAUUAAUUAAUGAAAACCAACGUACACUUAUAAUAAGACAUGUCCCACAAAUACACGGAGCUGAUUAAGCUCGGCACACAGUAUGCCCGACGCAUGAACUACCUCUCAAAUCGCAUUUUUGGCGAAGUUGCGCGCACCACUAACGAAAAGUCAAUGAAGGUAGUACGCAUGUUCUCCGAGGAACCGAUUCACAAGCGGGACUACGUGGUCAACUGGUAUCCGCGCCACGUGGAGACCCACUUGCUGAUGAAGAACCUUCGCGACUAUGGUUUGUUCCGCGAUGAGCACCAGGAUUUCAAGGACGAGAUGAAGCGACUGCGCAAGCUGCGUGGAAAGGCGGCGCCCAAGAAGGGCGAGGGCAAGCGUGCCUCCAAGAAAUAGUACCAUAAAUAUAAAAAACACAUUUUUAUUGAACAAAA